UCUCUGCUGCUGCACUUCCUCAUGUUUCCAGUGAGAGAACAAUUUUACUUCCAGUUUUGUCUUUUGUCAUUUGAAAGCAUGCAUACUUGCAGCUUCUUUUCGCUGCUGUGCGUAUUCCUGUUAUUUCCAAGAGCAGGUGCUCUCUUCAGUCACGGUUUAAUUCGUUGCCAGCUGACUCCUUCCCAUGAAGCUGUUUAUCUGGAACAAAUUUACUUUAAUAAGAUGCUCAUGAUGCAAUACAACAGCACUUUGGGAAAAUUUGUUGGCUACACAGAAAACACGAAGAAAAUUGCCGACAACUUGAACAAAAACCCAGCUUUUUUGAAACAAGAGAGAAAGAAUGUGGCAAAAUGCACAACACAUAUCCCACUGGUAUUUGAUUUCCUUUCAAAAUCAGUUGAACCUAAUGUCAGGCUGAGAUCAGAUGAGGCAGCGAGCAGCAGACAUCCAGCCAUCCUCAUUUGCAGCGCGUACAACUUUUAUCCCAAACACAUCAGCUUGACGUGGCUGAGGGAUGGAGAGGUGGUGACAUCUGGUGUGAUGUCCACCGAUGUGCUGUCCAAUGGGAACUGGCUCUACCAGAUCCACACCUAUCUGGAGUAUACUCCCAAACCUGGAGAGAAAAUCACCUGUAAGGUCAAGCAUGUCAGCCUCAAGGAGCCCAAACUGUAUGACUGGGACCCCCUGUCUGAGUCACAGAGGAACAAGAUCGCUGUCGGGACAGCAGGGCUGGUGCUGGGUCUGGUCUUUUUAUUUGCUGGGUUGAUUUACUACAAGAAGAACACUACUGAUCGGGUGUUGGUGCCGACAAGUUAAGGUAGUCUGCUGCUUUGGCUGAAAUAUCUGUAACACAAGCAAAAUGUGAAAUGAUCCAAACCAAAAUGGCAGAGGAUAGAAUGGGUAAAGUAAGUCACACAGUAAAAGAGAUUUGCUCAAUUCUUGAGGAGAUUGUUAUGCUGUAUUUCUGCAGGAAUAAUCUGUGUUUUAAUAUUAAUUUAUCAAAUAUAAGCUUUAACUGAAAUAUCUUCUCAAAGCCUAAAUUAAGGACAUGUAUGAAUAUCAAACACAAAGUGUGGCCCUGAAGUAGUUUGAUUUUUAUUUGCACUGUUGAUUAAGGUUUAAACAGAUCACGUCUUCUGUGUGAUUUGGGUGAAGUGGAAAAUGAGUCCUAUAAUUUGUACCAUACAAAUUGUGAUGUUUUUGGAGAGCUAUUUUUUUCAUGGCUGGAGUAAACUACAGAAGGCAUGAUGGAUUUGUUAAUGUUACACAUUUUGUUGUAGACAGUGAAGGUAUGAAUGUUUGACCAUGAAAGUUGUGUUGUUGUUUUUUUUUAAUUGUUUGAAAAUGUAUAUGCAACACUUGGUUCAGGUUUCUAUCAAGUGAUGGUGUCUUGUAAGGCCUUACAGGCUGGGAACAGUUGUAUGCAUGCACAGUGCAAAAUAAUAAAAGUUUAAUUCAUUUAUUACUACAACUUAUAAUAAUCACAGGAUCUGAUACACUGGAUACAUCAGUCAUCUUUGCAACGUUGAAAGGUCCUAUGAAAUCUGUGGAUCACUGGGGUCCUGCAUAUUGAGGACAAAGAUAAAAUCGCAGGCUCCAGAUUAUAAUACAGGAAAACUACAAAGGAUCAGUUCCACCGAGUUAUCAGGAAAAACAAAGACACACCACAAGCAGAGAGAUGAACAGGCUCUAAAUAACAAGAUUAACUAUCUGCACUGAACGUGUGUAAUAAGAUUUUUCCCACCAUUGUGGUGUAUCUUAUUAACAUAUGGAGGAUAAAACCUAUUGUUACAGCACUUGCAACCCUUGAGAUUAUUUUUUAAUUAUCCAGGGAUUAUUUUGAUGAAGAUGUGUGAUGAUGUCUUUAACAUCAUCAAUACUACAUUAAAAGCUUUGUUGAUAUUGGAAAAUAGUAAAGCAUGGCCACUGAGAAUUCUCGAUUCUGCAGGGUUAGAUUAAGUUUUGGUACCUGGACAGUAUGAUGUACUGUAAUUGUUUGUUUACAGCUUUAAAUUAAUGCACCAGUAUUAAACUGUAGAUAAAGACAGCAACA